AUGGGUAGCAUUGAUACAAAUGAUGAAGCCUAUUCUAAACCCUUGCCCACAGCAUUCACUCCUCUUGAUCCUGAAGAUUUCAGGAAAAAAGCCCACACCAUGGUUGAUUUCAUAGCUGAUUACUACAAAAACAUCGAAAAGUAUCCGGUUUUGAGCCAAGUCGAUCCGGGUUACUUGAGAACCCGGUUACCAAAAGCCGCCCCGUAUCUACCCGAAUCAUUUGAAACCAUUCUCAAGGAUAUUGAGAAAGACAUCAUCCCGGGAAUGACAAACUGGUUGAGCCCUAAUUUUUUCGCCUACUUUCCGGCCUCGGUUAGCUCGGCCGCUUUCCUCGGAGAAAUGUUGUGCACCGGCUUCAACUCCGUAGGGUUCAACUGGCUCGCCUCCCCGGCGGCCACCGAGCUCGAGAUGGUCGUCAUUGAUUGGCUAGCAAACAUGCUGAAGCUGCCCAAAUCUUUCAUGUUUUCCGGCACCGGCGGCGGCGUCAUUCACGGAACCACCAGUGAGGCGGUUAUGUGCACCGUUGUCGCGGCGCGGGACCGGGUGCUUGAGAAGAUUGGAACCGAGAACAUCGGCAAGCUUGUUGUUUACGGAUCCGAUCAAACACAUUCCUUCUUCCACAAGACAUGCACGUUGACGGGUAUCUUCCCAUGCAACGUAAGAAUCAUUCCCACUACACAGGAGUCAAACUUUUCCAUGUCACCCGUUGACCUACGUCGACAGGUCGAAGCUGACGUGGCAGAAGGGUUGCUCCCGCUUUUUGUGUGCGCAACGUUGGGGACAACUUCGACUACGGCGGUCGACCCUGUUAGCGAUAUUGCUGAAGUGGCAAGCGAAUUCGACAUGUGGGUCCACGUGGAUGCCGCGUAUGCAGGUAGUGCAUGCAUAUGCCCCGAGUUUCGGCAAUACUUGGAUGGAGUGGAGAAGGUCCAUUCAUUGAGUUUGAGCCCUCAAAAAUGGCUUCUUUCUUACUUAGAUUGUUGUUGCUUGUGGGUUAAGGAACCCGACUUGAUGGUGAAGGCAUUAAGUACUGACCCGGAAUAUCUAAGAAACACGAAAAAGAAUGGGUCGAGCUCCGUAGUUGAGUUCAAAGAUUGGCAAAUUGCGACCGGGAGGAGAUUUAGGGCACUUCGACUCUGGCUAAUCAUGCGGAGUUAUGGCGUUGUAAACCUCCAAACCCACAUUAGGUCGGAUAUCCAAAUGGCGAAAAUGUUCGAAGGAUUCCUGAGAUCUGACCCGAGGUUUGAAUUGGUUGUACCUCGGACAUUUGCGCUCGUUUGUUUUAGGUUCAAGCCAUUCAAAGACGGUUAUGAUGAAUCGGAUUUGGAGAGCUUGAAUAGGAAACUACUGGAUCGGGUUAACUCGACGGGUCGGGCUUAUAUGACUCACACAAAGGUUGGUGGGGUCUACAUGCUAAGGUUUGCAGUGGGAGCCACAUUAACGGAGGAGAGUCACGUUCGGGCUGCUUGGGCAUUGAUCAAAGAAGUUGCUUGUGUUUUACUUAGGGAAAUUCUUUAG